CCCCUAGGAAAGUUCCUGCCCCGCUCUGCUACUGCUUCAUAUUCGGAAGAGAACUGAUGAGGCAGUAAAAGGUGAUAGAACCACAGCUAUACUACUGCCAAGUAAUCCGUUACGUAUAAAUCACGUUACUGCAGAGAGAGAGUUCAUUUUGCUGGUAGCUCAGUCGAAGAUCUACUAUGGAGUCUUCACUAUUGACAUCACCAGCGGCAAUUUCUCGUUUGGGAGCAUCGAGAACUCUUCAUUGCAAUUGCAGUCCUUUAGUUUCUCAACUUCACCGUCACUUUUCUACUCGGCCGACUCACUUUGUACUGCUGAGUCAACUCGCUCGGCUCCAUCUUCGAGCCGUAUGUAACGGUGAGGUUCGAGGUUUGAACCGGUUCGGACCGGUUUUGCUGUCGAAGAGCUUGGCAGCGGCGAAUUUGCGCCCGGUUCGGAAGGAUUUGCGGAGCGUUUCUGGCUCUGCGGCUUCGUUUGCUGCUGGCAGUGGAGGAAAUGAUGGCUCCGGUGAUAAUGGCGGUGGUGGCGGUGGCAAUGGAGGUGGUGCGACGGACGGCGGUAAGGAAAAUCCUAGUGUUGUUGCUGAAACGAGUGAAGAUGUAUCCGCUUUGUCCUCUGACGUCAUUAUCCUUGAUGUUACCGGAAUGACAUGUGGCGGCUGUGCUGCGAGCGUGAAGAGAAUUUUAGAAAGUCAACCACAAGUUUCUUCUGCAACUGUAAAUCUUACGACGGAGACAGCAAUAGUGUGGCCAGUAUCUGACGCGAAGGUUGUACCAAAUUGGCAAAAGCAGAUAGGGGAGGCCCUUGCUAAGCAUUUGACUACUUGCGGGUUCACAUCUAAUGUUCGAGAUUCCGGAAGGGAAAACUUCUUUGAGAUAUUUGAGAAGAAGAUGAAUGCAAAGCGUAUUCAGUUGAAAGAAAGUGGUCGGGGGCUUGCAGUCUCAUGGGCUUUAUGUGCAGUGUGCCUUGUCGGCCAUCUCUCUCAUUUCUUUGGGGCUAAGGCUUCAUGGAUUCAUGCAAUGCAUUCCACGGGUUUCCAUAUGACUCUAUCUCUGUUUACAUUGCUUGUACCUGGUCGACAACUUAUUAUUGAUGGUCUGAAAAGCCUAAUUAAAGGAUCGCCAAACAUGAAUACAUUAGUUGGUCUUGGGGCCUUGUCAUCGUUUGCUGUCAGCUCAAUGGCAGCCUUAAUACCAAAACUGGGUUGGAAAACAUUCUUUGAGGAGCCUGUUAUGUUGAUUGCUUUCGUCUUGCUGGGAAGAAAUCUUGAGCAGAGAGCUAAAAUUAAAGCCACAAGCGACAUGACAGGCCUUCUCAAUGUCUUGCCAUCUAAAGCAAGACUUGUAGUCAGUAGCGAUUCAGGGGAAUCAAGCUCCACUGUUGAAGUUCCUUCUAACAGUCUGUCUGUCGGGGAUCAGAUCAUUGUUUUACCUGGGGACCGUGUUCCAGCUGAUGGAAUUGUCAGAGCUGGUAGAAGCACAAUUGAUGAAUCAAGUUUUACUGGGGAGCCUUUACCUGUAACGAAGUUACCUGGGGCUGAAGUUGCGGCAGGAAGUAUAAACCUUAACGGAACACUUACUGUUGAAGUGCGACGACCAGGUGGUGAGACUGCAAUUGGGGAUAUUGUUCGAUUAGUAGAAGAAGCACAGAGUAGAGAAGCUCCUGUACAGCGGUUGGCUGACAAGGUUGCUGGGCAUUUUACCUAUGGGGUAAUGACACUUUCUACGGCCACAUUUAUGUUCUGGAACCUUUUUGGUGCUCGCAUUCUACCAUCCACCCUUUAUCAUGGAAGUGUAGUUUCGCUAGCGUUGCAGCUCUCAUGUACUGUGCUGGUUAUUGCCUGUCCAUGUGCACUUGGUCUUGCCACUCCUACUGCAGUGAUGGUUGGAACCUCACUUGGUGCCACUAAAGGCUUGCUUUUGCGUGGUGGAAGUGUCCUAGAAAGAUUCUCAACGGUGAAUACAGUUGUUUUUGACAAGACAGGGACACUGACUAUUGGUAGACCAACUGUGACCAAAGUGGUGUCUCAAGGUCAAGGCUAUCAAGAAGAUCCAGAUGCAAGACAAGAUUCAACUUCACCUUGUCAGUGGUCAGAAGUUGAUAUUCUGAAGUUUGCCGCUGGAGUUGAAUCAAAUACCAAUCAUCCAAUUGGAAAAGCAAUUGUAGAGGCUGCUCGGACUGCGAAUUCUCCAAAAUUGAAGGUAAUUCAUGCUAAGUGCUCCUUUUAA